AUGGACAGGAAGCUGACGCGGCUGCCUCGCCAGCCGGCGCAGCCGUCGGCGUCUGCGAACAGCGCGGUGUGGCCCGUGGGGCUGCUCGUCGCGCUCUGCUUCACGACGCUGCCGCUCUUCCUCGCGCUGUCCCCGGGGCGGCCAACCUUGCCCAACGUGCGGCAGAUGGGCAUCAGGGUAACGGUGCGCCACGAGGAUGCGACGAGGCCGUCAGAGCCAUUGGACUCCCCGCCGGCGACCCGGGACAUCCUCCUCGGCGGGCUGCUCUCGCCGGACAUCGACGAGAACUCCUGCCUGAGCCGGUACCUGUCGUCACUCUACCGCAAGCCGUCGCCGCACUCGCCGUCGCCGUACCUCGUCUCCCGGCUCCGCAAGUACGAGGCGCUCCACCGCAGGUGCGGCCCGGGCGCUCUCUUCUACGACAAGUCCCUGGCGCAGCUCGCCUCCGCCCACAGAAGCAUGGGCCUCGUCGAGUGCAACUACCUCGUGUGGACGCCCGUCGGCCACCUUGGUGACCGCAUGCUCUCCAUGGCGUCCGCCUUCCUCUACGCGCUUCUCACCCACCGCGUCUUCCUCGUGGACAUGACGAAGGAUAUGGCCGGCCUCUUCUGCGAGCCCUUCCCCGGCGCGUCCUGGGAGCUCCCACCUGGCUUCCCCGUGCAGAACCUCACGCAGCUCCGCCGCGGCAGCGAGCACAGCUACGCGAACCUACUCAGGGCGAAGAAGAUCGAGAACGGCGACCCCGCCGUGCGGUCCGAGUCGCUGCCGUCGUACGCGUACGUCCACCUGGAGCACGACUACAAGCAACAAGACCAACUCUUCUUCUGCGACGACGAUCAGACCGUGCUGGGGAAGGUGAACUGGCUGAUCCUGCGCUCCAACCUCUACUUCGCGCCGGUGCUGUUCCUCGUGCCGCACUUCGAGGACGAGCUCCGGUGGAUGUUCCCUGCGACGGACACAGUGUUCCAUCACAUCGGGAGGUACCUGCUCCACCCGUCGAACAAGGUGUGGAAGCUCAUCACGGGGUAUUACACGUCGUACAUGGAUAAGUUUGAAGAGAAGAUCGGGCUUCAGAUCACGACCCUCACGUGGAACCCCGUGUCGACGGAGGCGUACUUCAAGCAGAUCAUGGCUUGCACGAGUCAUAAGAAGAUCCUGCCCGAGGUCGACCCCGAGGCGGCGUCGAGCGAGCACGAGGUGACCGCGACGACGUCGAAGGCUGUGCUCGUCAGCUCGACGCAGCCAGAGUACGCCGAGAGGCUGAAGUCGAUGUACUACGAGCAUACGACGGUGACCGGCGAGGCCGUCAGCGUGCUGCAGUCGGACGCCGGGACGCAGCCGCGCAAGCAGAAGGUGCUGGCGGAGAUGUUCCUGCAGAGCUACUGCGACGUGUUGGUGGUGAGCGGCUGGUCCACUGUGGGGUACGUCGGCCACAGCCUCGCCGGGGUGAAGCCGUGGCUUCUGAUGUCGCCGAGGGACCAGACGGCGGACAGACCCCCCUGCGUCCGGACAACGUCGAUGGAGCCGUGCUUCCACGCGGCGCCGAGCUAUGACUGCAGGGCCAAGAAGGACGGGGACCUCGGCGCCGUUCUCCAGCAUGUCCGGCACUGCGAGGAUGUGGUCGACGGCCUCAAACUGUUUGACUGAUUUUGGUACAGUUUGAUCAGAUCAGGCAAGUUUUUUUGUUGUUGUUCCAGAAGUCAAAAAAAGAAGGCAAGAGCAGUUUCAGAAUAAUUUAAAAGUAUAGAUCGAUCCAGAUGUAUGUAGAAAUA